AUGUCGGAUCAAACGUGAGUUUACGAAAAAAUACUCAAAACAUUUGAAACUUGUUUUUACAGAAACUUGAGAAAUGAAGAUUUUCGGAAGCUGCUAACAUCCGCUAGAAGCAAUAAACCAGCGGAGUCAACAACAAUUGCAGAACAACCAUCCGCAAGUUUUCGGCAUAAACAACCGAAACCAGCGAAAUUCAAGAAACCAUCCAAUAUUCAUCAAAAAUCAAAGAAAGAAAAAGAAGAAGCUGAUGAAGAUGAGGCAAAGCUACGUGAUAUCAUGAAAAACUAUCGAGAUCGUGCAGCAGAACGGAGAAAACAAGGAGAUGUGAGUUGCAGAAUUUUUGAACUUACGUUUUAAAAUAGUGCCCGAUUGAAAUAUUAAAAAAUAUUAGAAAUUUCCGAACCGACCAUUUUAUUUGUUAGUAAUAAAAUAAAAUGCUUCGAUUUGAAAAAUUCAAUAAAAAACGUGAAAAACACAAAAAAUAUACGUGUUAACAUUAUUUUAAUCAGGAAAAAAUUUAUUCCAGAAACCGGAAGAAACCAAUAAAUUGACUGCUGCUUAUCGUGCUGUUCCAAGUGAUGCUCGAACUGCGCGAGAUCAAGCUGAUAUGCGAAAACAAGCGAUUUUGGAAUCGAAAUAUCUUGGAGGAGAUAUCGAACAUACUCAUUUGGUAAAAGGUUUGGAUUAUUCAUUGUUGAAUAAGGUUCGGAGUGAAAUUACGAAAGAAGAUAAUGAUGAAGAUGAUGAUAUUGACAAUGCUUUUGUAGGUUUUUAUGUAGAUCGAAAAUCUCAUUCUGAAAAUAUUAAUGUUACAGGAAGAGGGAGGAAAAGUUGCUCCGACCUCAAUUUCAAGUGAAUUGGCACAAUCACAAUCAGAAAAUCGAAUGGUUCGCUCAAUGCAUAGAGUUUUGUUCAAAAAUGAAAUUCCACUUCGAAAUGAAAUGUUUGCAAAAGGAAGAAUGGCUUAUGUUGUUGAAUUGGAAGAUGAAGAAGCUGAAAUUCCAACAACACUUCUUCGUUCUCUUCAUGAUUGUCCAAGGAAUGAAUCUGCACAGUCUAUACAAGCUAAUAAUUUGAUUAUUUCGAAGCUUGGACAGGUAUGAGCCACGUUAAUAAAUUUGACCAACCUGGGCUUCAAGAUAGUUUUCAAUUUUUAUUCAAGAAAUAAUUUAUUUUCCAGGUGCUUUCAUAUUUGCGAACCGAUAAACAGAAAAAGAAAAAAGAGGAAUCUUCAUCAUCCCAAACAUCCAACGAGAAAACAACAAAAGCCAAAGGCGAUAGUAUUUAUGAUGAUUUAGAUGAUUAUGUUCCAACCAGAAGAAACAGGUUGGAUUUUUGAAAUCAUCUCAUUUUCAUUGAUUAUUUCCAGGUCUCGAUCCCGAUCUAGAGAAAGAGAAAGAGAACGCGAGAGAGAACGAGAUCGUGACCGACAUUAUCGAGACCGCGACAAUCGAGAUCGUCGCGAUAACCGACGCGACUAUUUCGAUAAGCCGCGAACUUCGGAUCGCGAAAAAGAGCAAAGAGAUCGAGAAAAACAACGAGAAGAGCGAAAAGAACACGAAAAACAAAGAAAAGAGAAAGAAGAAGUUGAAAAAGAGAAGAAAAUGGAAGAUCGAUUGGAAAAACGAAGAAAAGAAACUGAAUCGGCUGGAUAUGAUGAAUGUUAUCCUGGUGGAAUGAUGGAAAUGGAUGGAGGAUGGGAUUCGGAUGAGGAAACUGAUUUUAGUAAAAUGGAUAUGGGAACGAAGAAAAAUGGAUUGAAUCGAUGGGAUUUUGAUAAUGAAGAGGAAUAUUCUAGUUAUAUGGUUUGUUAUUUUACAAACAUUGAAAAUAACUUUGAAUUUUACAAUUGAGAACUUACUCGAUUUUUCGAAUUCAGAUUUUUUCGCAGAAAAUCAACUUUCAAAAUUUUAUCAGGAAAAUAUUGAAUUGAAAGUCUUUUUCAAAAAAAAACCUGAAAAUACAUUUUUUUUGUUUAAAAAAAACUUUUUUUUGAAAAAUGUCUGCCUUAUUUUUGACACAAUUCAGAACAGUUUUUUUUUCAAAAAUUUAACUUUUCAGGAAGGCCGUGAAGCAUUGCCAAAAGCAGCUUAUCAAUACGGUCAAAAAUUAGGAGACGGAAGAAAAACGAGAAAAACCGCCGUUGUCGAAGCGAAAAAACUCGAUCGUGAAUUGACUGAAAUCAACAAAAUUAUGGAAAAACGCAAAACUGCGACCGAAAGGUAAUUUAUUUAUUCAUGUUUUUGAAAUUUCAUCAAUAAUCAAUUUUUUCAGUGGCGGAGACUACAAAAAACCAAAAUAUUGA